AUUAAAUAAACCAUAGUUAAAUAUGAGGUAACUAUAGAUAUCAGCUAUCUCAGUAAAACGUGCACGCCUGAUGAGCCAAUCAGAACAGCCGAGGAAUAUAUCCUUUUUAGAGUGAAUAUUUAUCAGUGUGGAUAAUUACUGCAAAACRUCUUUGGUCUAAAAUGUUCACUUUAUAAAACAAACGAGGGGCAACUUCUGGGAGAAAAUAAAAGUGAGUAUGUUGAAAGUUCUUGUCAAAGGUGCUACCAAUCUCCCCGAUGUGGACACAUUUGGUGGUAAGAGCGAUCCAUAUGCCAUCGUCAGCUUUAGAGGUUUGGACGAGAAGACUGAAGUCAUUAAGGAUGAAUUGAAUCCAUCGUGGAAUAAGGACAUUCAAUUCGAUUUGAACGGCAGCGCACUGUCAUCGGACGAUGAGCUGGUCGUGUCAAUUAAAGACUGGGAACGAGUUCUUCAUCAUCGUUUAUUAGGAACUGUUAAGAUAGCAUUAAAGGGUCUAAGCAAAGGAAAAGGAAACAAGGAAGAUAAAGAUUUGCCGUUAMUGGAUGGAUCUCAAAGACCUACUAAAGGCAAUGUUCAGCUUAGUCUCGAGUAUCAAGCGCCGCCAAGUGCUGAUAAGCCAGAAGAAGAACAAGAMGACGAAGGUUAUGAAGAAUCAGAGGUAGAAGGUGCACCAGGAGCAAAAGGGSCAAGAAAAAGACGAAAGAAACGCAAGCAGUUAUCGGACAAAGUGCAAGACUUUCAGAUACGCAUCAAGAUCCACGAGGCGCGUCAUUUGCCCGGUUCGAGUAUUCACCCUCWAGUCAAAGUGAGUGUGUCCGAUCAAGAUCGCUCUACUAGAGCCAAACGAUAUACYAACCGACCAGUCUUCAAGCAAGUAAGUCAGCUAUCCUGCUCAGAGAAGGAGAAACAUCUUUACUUUGACGGCAUUGUGUUUUUUCUAUUAAAAUUUUGAUCAGAUUGAUAGCAACUUAUAGCAACCAAUAGGAAGUUGAUCUCUGCUCCCGGGCAGGGGCUCGGUUUUACAACAUUCCUUACWCAUUCCACACAUAUUAGUCUAAAAMCACUGGCCUAACGAGAAUCAAGGAAAAGUUCAGUUUUACCAUUGUAAU